AUGUCGGCCUGCAAGAGCGUGCCUUUGAUCCGGCCGGUGCGGGCGCCAGAGCCGCAGUUCGUCGUGGUGCAGGAAGGCGUCGACUUCCUCCGUGGCUUGGAGGGCCCUCUUUACGUCGUGUCCGUGGUAGGUGUGAUGCGGCAAGGAAAGAGCUUUAUCCUGGGCCUCCUGGCGGGUGGCCCCGGCAUCUUUCGUUUAGGCCAUCAAACGAAAUCCUGCACGGAGGGGGUGGAUGUCUUCGCUCGCCCUCAUCCCUCCGGACGCGGGCACCUGGUAUUCUUGGAUGUGGAGGGCCAGGGAUCACCCGAUCGGAACGAGACAUACGAUGCUGCUCUGACGACCGUCGCCAUGCUGCUGUCGUCCAUGGUGGUCUACAACUGCCUGUCAGUAGGCACAUCAAAAGAUGUGGACAAGCUGGAGCUCUUGAGCGGCUUCAUGCAGAACAUCUUCGAUCGCACGUCUGAGGAGCACGGAGAGCGCGAGGCAGCGGGCAGCGACAGGUUCUGUCCCGCAUUGAUGUGGCUGCUGCGCGACUUCUUCUUGGAGAUGGUGGAUGCAAGCGGGAAGCCCUGCGAUGCUGAUACCUACCUCGAGGAAGUGCUCCUGGCACCGGUGUCCGGGGCGAGCAGAGCGGCCAAGGACCAGAACCGGAAGCUGAACGACAUCAAGCAGGUCCUGCAGAAGCGGUGCUUGCGCACCUUGCCCAGGCCCAUUGCUGGUGACGACUUUCGGGAUCUACAAGAGUGCGGGCUUCAGUCACCACCGUUGCUUCCGGAGUUUGUGCAGAAAGCAGAGAAGCUUCUGAGCGAAGUCAAUCGCUUGCAAAUACCCAAGCAGCAUAACGGCAGGUGUGUUUCUGGAGCGAUGCUAGCAGCACUCACGGAAGAGCUCGUGUCCUCUUUAGACUCGAAAGGGGUUCCAGAGCUGCUGACGUCUUGGCAGCAAGUAUGCAAACAGGAGACGCUCCGCGCGUGGCAAGAGGCUGUCAUGGUGUACGAUGCUGAGUGGAGCACCGGGCCACUCCCUAUCGAUGAUGCCUCGGAGAUUCACAAGAAGGCUUUGGGCAAGAGCUUGCAGGUCUACCGCUCGAUUGUUCUUGGCUCCGGUUGUAUCGACGCGCUCAUGCAGGAGAUUGACCGGAAGCUGGAAAGCUGGCUGACGGCGAACGAUGCUGCCGCGGAGGCGCUUUGCAGCCGCUGCCUGAAGGAACACCUCCGCAAGGUCACGCAAGCCCAAGAAACAGGGGACUACUGCGUUCCGGGAGGUCUUGCACUCUACGACCGUGCGACCGCUGCCGUGUUGAAGGAGUUCCGAGGCAGCGUUGAAGCCCGGCGUUUUCCCGUGGUCGCAGGGGCCUGCGUGGCAGACUGGGUGAGGACCCAUGGACCAGCGCGAGCAGCCAUUUGUAAGGCUGACGAUGCGCUGCAUCAGGCGGCGAAGGAAGCAGAACUCCGGUGUCAGCAGGAAGCUCUUUCGGAGUUGGAGCACGCUGCUUCUAUGGAGGCGUUGCAGAAGCAGAAGAUCCUCAACGCGAACAGGAUGGAAGUCGCCAAGGCCGCUCACGAGGCAGAAGUGAAUAGAUUGCGUGGUGAGUCGGAGGGCCUUCGAAGGGAGCACGAGCACUUGGCUGACAAACGGCGUCAGGAGUUGCAGCUCAUGCUUCAACAAGGUCGGAAAGCGGACGCAGAGGCCUUUCAGCAAACCAUGGCUUUUGCCCAAGAGGCACAAGCAUCCCAGCUCAGGGGCCUACAAGAGGCCAUGAGGCAAAGCCAACUUCAGCAGCAAGAUUUGCAGCGGAAUAUUUCUGGAAGCCUUCGUGCAAUCGCAGCCCACCAGGAACAUGUUGAUGCAGCUGCCCACCGUGCAGCGGAAAUCGCAAAUCAAGAGGCCUCCGGUCCUGCGAGACUUCUGUUGCCCAUUGCGAACUUUGCCAUGAGCUUCUUCCCAUCAGCUGCGCCAAUGAUUGGGGCGGCUGCAUCUGCACUGACAGGAGCUCUUCAUUCUGCCUGCAGCCACGCCGCGUGUGGCCCGUGCCUUCGGCAGCUGGUGCUGAGCCAGCUUCCGAAGAGCCGCGAGCGUUGGCAGCUCGAGAUCCUUUGCCCCGAGCCUGGCUGCCAGAAGCGACUCCCUCACCGCUUGGUCGUCAAAGUCAAAGAGGCCGAUGACCUUGCGAAGGCCAUCGACACGGACGGCCUUUGGCCAAGCCUCGGAGACGAGGAAUCGCAGCACUGCCCCCUGUGUGGGAAGGCGGCGGCGGUGCACGUAAAUCGCGCUUGCGGCCAUGCAGCCUGCGAGACCUGUUGGCUCGACGGCCUCGAAGAGAAACUCCGCUGGUGCCGCGAGAAUGCCGCCAUGGACAUCCCGUGUCCGCACCCGGGCUGCCAUGAGGGCUGCUACGAUGUGCUGCGCCACUUCGAGAGCCCCUUCCUGGAGGAGCUCGAGCUCUACGUCCGGGAGGCCCAGGCGCAGCUCGUCGAGAUCUCCUGGUGGUGUGUGCGCGGCCCGCCCGGGGCUCCGGGACCGCUCUGUCGAGUGUGCGAGCGCCGUUCCAUGGCAGUGCUGCAUUGCCCUUGCGGCCUCGCGGCUUGCCCGUCUUGCUGGAAAGGCUUUGUGCAGCAGCAGCUGGCCCGGUGCAAGGAAGACUUCAAGUUGAGCCCGCUGGGCUGGUACCCUUGGCGUGCCGGGUGCAGCUGCCAAGAGAACCUUCUUACGCUGCUGACUCCUUCUUUCACGAAGGGCUUUCAGGAGCAGCGGGCUUUGGUCAAGACGCAGCAGCAUGAGCUGAAGCGCCUUUAUCCCUACGCCGUGCCACGAUUCCUGAGCGACGGACCGCCCCCCGCGUGCGCCGUCUGUGGAGAGGACGCCAUGGUUCUACUGCGCCCGCCGGGCUGCCCCAAGGAUCAUGCUGCCUGCCAAACUUGUUGGGCGCUCUGGGGCCAGGAGCAGAUCGAGGCCUGCCGCCAGGGCCGACAUUAUCCGGCACGCUGCCUCUGGCCUGGCUGCAAGAGCAAUCUCCACGAGGAAGACUGGCUGUGGCGUCUGCUGAAGUUCUCCCCACGACUCUCCCAGCUUGUGGCGGAACUCGAUCGCCGUGGGCGUCUACAGAAGAACCGCCUCUAUCCUCCUGCGGUGCAGGUCGACUGCCCCCAGCCCGGCUGCGUGGGCUUGGGCUACCUGGGCUUCGACACGGUGAUGUGCUUCAUCUGCGAGCACCAGUGGGACGCGACCGAGGGAAUCCUCGGAGAGGAGACGGAGCUGCCUGAGGGAGAGGAGGUGGCGGAGGCUUCCGUCGCCGGAGUGAAGGUCAAGCGAUGCCCGAAGUGCCACGAGUACAUCGAGAAGAACGGUGGCUGCGACCACAUGACCUGCCGCUGUGGCCAUGAGUUCUCCUGGCAGACGCGGAAACCCUGGCGGCCUAAUGGCUGA